AUGGGGGCCUUAUGUUGUUGCUUUCAAGUUGAUCUUUUUGAGAGUUAUGUCAAUCCAAACACUUCCAUGACUAGGAACUGUCCAUGCCUCAAUUGCUUCCUCCAAAAUUUCAUGGGUUUGUAUACUUCGUUGUUUAAUAGAGGGGGAAUGCAUCCGAUACCUUCAACCGUCGAGACUGCUACAGUGAGGACUUCCACAACUGCACUUGAUGACUCUCUCUCUAGUGUGUAUCAUUCUCCUCCAAGACCGUUGCCUUACGAUGCUGAUCCUAGGUACUUUCGUUUUACUAAAGGUUCAAGCCAUUCAGGUGAAGAAGCAGAACCGUUAAGAGGUGAUACUGAAAUGAGUUCUGAAGUUUCCGGUGGUGGAGCCAAACGGAAUAAGUCUGAUUGUGAAGAUAGUUCGAACGAAGCAUAUUCAAAAGGUUCAUCAACUAUUGAAAAUUCAAAGACAAAGCUGGGGAUAGAAAUGUAUUAUGCAGAAUCGGAUGAUGAGGAUAUUUGUCCGACCUGCCUCGAUGAUUACACGCCGGAGAAUCCAAAGAUAAUCACCAAGUGUUCUCACCAUUUUCACCUUAGCUGUAUUUAUGAAUGGAUGGAGAGAAGUGAAACAUGUCCCGUCUGUGGAAAGGUGAUGGCAUUUGAUGAAACUGGCUAA